GUAGCAGAUCAGAAUCCAGCAGAAAGAGAAGAAAAGAAAAGAUGGCACAGAUGACGGUAACGGCAGAAAAUGAGAAAGUGGGAAGUUUCAGGCUGCCGAGUGGGCAUCUCAUCCCCGCGGUUGAAAGCCCAACACCCUCCACAUAAUGUCUUCACUGCUAUUGUUGAGGGUGGAUAUAGGCACGUUGAUACGGCUGCAGAGUAUGGUGUCCAGCACGAGGUCGGAACAGGACUGAAAGCGGCCAUACAAGCUGGAGUUGAGAGAAAAAAUUUGUUCAUUACUUCCAAGUUAUGGUGUACAGAGUUGUCACCCCAAAGAGUUCGCCCCGCACUCCUGGGCACACUUGAAGAGCUACAACUGGAUUAUCUCGAUCUCUAUCUGGUUCAUUGGCCAUUCCUCUUUAAGGAAGGCGCAAGCCGGCCUCCAGAGCCCGGGGAAGUCUCAGAGUUUGACAUGGAAGGGGUUUGGAGGGAGAUGGAGAAGCUGGUGACCGAUAAGCUGGUGAGGGACAUUGGGGUGUGAAGAAAAUAAUAAGAGGGAAAAUAUUCUGUAUAUUGAAUUGUUCUGCUAAGUACAAGGAGUUUCUCCUUUAUUUAUAGGAGAGGAUAAAGACCAAAACACAAAAGGAAUUCUAUUCCUACAAGGAAACAAAUCACUAAAUAUGAACAAGGAAACAAAUCAAGAGCAGUCCCACUU